AUGGAAGUGAUCCGAGGUCCUUAUGCCAUUACAAACGGCCUCCCCGAGGGACAUAUCAGUAUCGAAUUCACAACUCUUGGGGAGCUCAGCAGACUGGCAACAGUUGUGCUCGACAGACUUAAGGAUGACGUAGAGGGGAAUCAGUAUCUAUUGGUACGCCAGGUCCCGAUGCAAGUGAUUACCAGGCUUGCCGAAGACGCGAACACCUUGGACGCAAUUCCAUUUCGAUUGGAAUGGGACGGAGAUACGAUCCUGAUCAAAGUUCUGCCUGGCUUUUUGCACGAGUCACCCACCUAUCGAUUGUCGUCACACGUCGACAGAGAAGCCACACUCAUGGGUGUAUCGCGUUCAGACGGAAGCUGGGGAGGCGCCAGCAACUAUACCUCCCCGACUGGCACGAAAGGGAAGCAAGGUGAUCAAAUCUUUUGGCCUAGGAGUCGAGCACCCGUUAGUGGCACUCCACCGGGCUGGCCGACCCUCGUGUUAGAGACAGGGGUAACAGAAUCCCGGAAUCGGCUGGAAGAGGACGCAAAGUGGUGGUUUCAUAACUCGAAUGGCGCCGUGCGCAUUGUUGUUACGAUCAAAUUACUGAGUACCAGCGUGGAGGUCCGGAAGUGGCAACUUCUCCCGCCGAAUGCCCCCAAUCCGGCCCCUCGACCCUAUGUUCUCAACCUCAGACAGCAGCCGGCCCUCAUGCCCCCAUUCGCCCAGCAACUGCCGGUAAACCAGCAGAUAUUCUGCCUUCAGGAGGUCACCGUCACCCGUAAUGCAGUGCAAGGAGCACCUCUUAUCAUUCCUUUCCAUGCUCUAUUCGAUAGGGCCCCCAUGCCAAACGAAAGCGACAUUAGGAUCACUACAGCCGAUCUCCGGUACAUCCUAGAGGCUGUUGCGCUUUGAACUACC